AUGGCCGAAUACAAGGAUGAUCUCGAAAAGACCGGUGGUGCCGGUGCCGCCAAGAUCCACAAGAUCAGAAUCACCUUGACCUCAAGGAACGUCAAGCCUUUGGAGAAAUUCUCCACCGACCUCGUUAACAGAGCCAAGGACAGAGAUCUCAAAGUCAAAGGUCCCGUCAGACUUCCCACCAAGGUCUUGAAGCACACUACCAGAAAAUCCCCUUGUGGUGAAGGUUCCAAGACUUGGGAUCGAUACGAGAUGAGAAUCCACAAGAGAUUGAUCGACUUGAACUCCUCUGCUGACGUUGUCAAGCAAAUCACCUCCAUCUCCCUCGAACCCGGAGUCGAAGUUGAGGUUACCAUCGCUGCUUAA